UUUUUCUGUUUUAUCUGAUAGCUAAAACAAACAGAAACUGAAAGAAAUGAAACAAUAUAGAUAUGUUAUUCUUAUACACACAAAGAGCAAUCAGAAGAAAAGUAUCGGAGAUUGAAGAGUGACACAUUAAGAGUAUUCAAAUGGAAAAGGAAAAAGGUAGAGUUUGUGUCACAGGAGGCACAGGGUUCAUUGCUUCAUGGAUCAUCAAGAGACUCCUUGAACAUGGAUAUUCUGUUAAUACGACCAUAAGAUCUCAUCCAGGAAGCAAAAGGGAUGUUAGCUUUCUCACAAAUCUACCAGAUGCAUCUGAAAAGCUACACUUUUUCAAUGCUGAUCUGAGCGAUCCAGAGAGUUUUGGUCCAGCAGUAGAAGGGUGUGUUGGGAUUUUUCACACUGCCACACCAAUUGAUUUUGCAGUGAACGAGCCAGAAGAAGUUGUGACCAAAAGGGCCAUUGAGGGAGCACUAGGCAUUUUGAAAGCAGCUGUGAAAUCAAAGACAGUCAAGAGGGUUGUCUACACUUCUAGUGCUUCCACUGUUUCCUUCACUGGCCCAGAGCCACAAGAUGUGGUUGAUGAAAGUGCUUGGAGUGAUGUUGAUUUGCUUAGGAGUGUGAAGCCAUUUGGUUGGUCAUAUACAGUUUCAAAGGUGUUGACAGAGAAGGCAGUGUUUGAGUUUGGAGAACAGAAUGGAUUGGAAGUUGUGAGUCUAGUGCCUCCCUUUGUUGUUGGACGUUUCAUCUGUCCCAAGCUUCCUGACUCUGUUGAAAGAGCACUGAUCUUGUUGUUUGGCAAAAAGGAAGAAAUUGGAGUGAUUCGUUACCAUAUGGUUCAUGUGGAUGAUUUGGCUAGAGCACAUAUCUUUCUGCUGGAGCAUCAUAAUCCAAAAGGGAGAUAUAACUGUUCACCCUUCAUUGUACCCAUUGAAGAGAUUGCUGAAAUUAUUUCAACCAAAUACCCAGAAUUUCAAAUACCAUCUGCAGAAGAGUUGAAGGAUAUAAAAGGUGCAAAGUUGCCACAUUUAAACUCGCAGAAACUGGUGGAUGCUGGUUUUGAGUUCAAGUAUAGUGUAGAGGACAUGUUUACUGAUGCAGUUGAAUGCUGCAAGCAAAAUUCUUAUCUUUAAAUCAUUUCACUGAUCAAAUUCACAAAAAUAAAAUCAAUGAUUGUUGGAGGCCUCUACACUGUUUGAUGCAUCUUGUUAUUCCUAAUUAGUCAACAAAAGAUAUAAUCUUUCUCCUUUGUCUCAGUACAGCGUAAAGCUUUAAUAUUGAUGUUUGUAGAUUUGUUUGAAAUCUUUUUAUAUAAAUCCAGGGUGCUGCUGUGAACUAGUUGUUUCGUUGUUGUCCAUGAUUAUACUAUUUUUCACCUUUUGAAACAAGAAAUUAGCCAAUUUGGAUUUUGCAAAGAUUUAAAGUAUGGACAAUUUGUGUGUUUCAACAACAAUCACCAAAGCCUUUUCCCGCUACGUGAGGUUGGAUCCAGUGAUACCAAUCUUCAAUCAAAAUCAG